AUGGUUUUGCGCCCCUCCAAGACACUGGCCGUGCCAUCGAUUAUUAACACCCGUAUAGGUCAGCCGCACAACGCCAUGGCCCUAAUGGUGCAGUUUGUGGGAUCGAGAAGCGGGUUCGCCGGGUGCCUUCUCGAUCCCGGCGAUCAGAACUUCAACGACGCCAUCCAUGAUGGGCCAAGGGACAUUUCGGCCAUGGGAGCUGUACAGGGCAACACUCCCAUCGCUCUCCGUGCUGCGCCUCACCCAUGUACGGCAUCCUCCGUUCAGCAGACCCCCUCCCCCCAUGGUCUCCGCCCUACUGCCACGUUGGGAGAGAUGACCGUUGGGACCGCCAAGCAACGAGACGAAAAGGGGUUGGAGAGCGGACAGGGUAUGCGUGCCAGACAUGCUGCGGAAGGUGCACUGGUAUCGCCCGGACUAGGUAGGCAGGCGACACCUUACGCACCCAGGCCCUCGGAAGGUGCUGCUCAGUGUCGAGGUCAUUUACUCCUCCUCAGUGAGGUGAGUGCGACUUGUGCUUCGCGAAAAAGACGCAAGAUAGCCGCUGCCGUGCGGCAUGCGAGCCAGCUCGCCGGCGCCGCAAAUGCGAAGACGCUUGGCGUGCCCACCUUUGCACGACCAGACGGCGACCGCCAGAGCGAGACCUCAUGGCCUAACGCCGUCGAGGCCCCGAGGGAUGCGAAUCAGCCGGAUGCCUCCAGCAGCAAGGACCAUGCGUCCCAGUCGUCAGGCUUCUCGCCGACCGUAAGCACGAGGAAACCUUUUCGCCAGGGACUCCUCAAGCAGGAGUAUGAGCACCGUCCGGCGCGAACGCCGAGACCCGAUAUCAUGAGGGCGCAUUCGCAUGGUGCCGGCGCGCAGGCGCAGACCAUGCUGGAGUUUGAGCUGCUGGCCGGCAAGGGCAUGGAUGUAGGGAGGCGGGAGGUGCUGAAAGCUGCCGUCGCCCUCUCAAAUCAGCCAUCGACGACGACACCGCAGAUUGACCCCGAGGCCGAGAUCUACAGCGGACUGGACCUUGAUGACGAGUCCAUGUAUCCCUCGGCAGAAGUUCUGCAUUUUAUUCUCGACGCGCCCACGCAACAUCAAAGCGUCGGGCUGUCCUACAUUUUGGACAUGGUAUCGCGAGAGACGAUUGAGAAGCAAGGAAUUGCUCUGAUCGAAGGCACAGCCAAGAGUCCCGCUCGACUACACUACAUGGUUAAUCUCAACUACGCCGCCUGGCUUUAUCUCCACGCGACAAUAUCCGGCACCAUUAGUCCGGCCAUGAAGCAACACCUCAUUCGAAGGCGAGAACACUACGAGGCGAAUCUCCUUGCCGCUGUCCAUUCCAUCGGUGUACUCGACGUGCCAAGCCUCUCGUUGUUCCAGGCGUUACUCUCUGGGACCAUGUUCAUGAUUCACACCGGAAGGGUGGAGAAAAGCUGGAACCUAAGCUCAGCAGCAUCGCGAGUGUGUGUUGCCCUCGGUGGGCGCUAUUUCACCAACCUGGCCACGACUGCGAACAGCGCAGAAGCAACUGCCGCGCGGUACUGCCUAACGCUAUGCUUCAUGUUCGACAAGUCGCUCUCUCUCACCAUGAAUCGUGUCUCGGCUUUACCCGACAUCAACCUAAACGUGGCCAUGGUCACACCUUUCGACCCUUCCCGCCCGUACACUGCAUUACCCGACGUCUAUCUCGAGUUUGCGCUGGUAUCAGACGAAAUCAUCAAGGGCAGGCAGCGCCGUCCUGAGGUCAACCGGCAGAUGGAUGUUGUGCAGAGCCUUCAGCAGAAAAUGUGGCCCAUUGGUGAGAAGAUUCGCCAUUUCCGGUCAAAACCUCUCAACGAUCAGGACGCCUAUCUUGCUGCUGAAUGGAUCGGCGCCGAUUUUGUGUAUCACUCAAUCAUGACGGCCAUCUUCCGAUUACAUCCAGGCCUCUCGGAAGACUACUUUUCGCUCAUUGAUGGUGCCAUUGCCGGUGUCUGUCGACUGUUCGAGAAGUUUGUUACCCUCUGCAGACCGCUCGUGGAAAAGGAAAGCCCCGCCGCCUCGCCUGAGACGGGUGCCCAGCAACAGCCUCAGCAGCAGAAGCCGGGGCGGCCACAGCAAGACCGAGGCGAGGGGAUGCACAUACUGGCGAAUAUGUUCCGGAAGCCACCUGGUCCUAUGGGGAACGAGAACAACGUCAUGAUGGGAGGCGUUGAGCCGACGGUGCCCAUCUUUACGGGAGGCGACAUGAGCAUGGCCUACGGUGGCCAGCCACACGGGUACGAUCCCAUGUCGCACAUCAAUACGCUGGGCGAGGAGGACCUGCUUUUGCAGUUGGGCAACACGCACCCGUCCCUGGAAUGGAUCGAGGGUGCUUGGCCGACGUGA